GAGAGAGAGAGAGAGUCAGUACCGGCCCGGCAGUGUUCGUGGUCGGUCGAGGCAGGCGGGGCUUCGUCAGUGUGGCAGCGCUGGCACCCUGACUGGCACCCUUACCAGUACCCACACUGGCAUCACAUUCUCGCGUCUGGCACUCCCACGGCCAACGAUUUAUCAACACCCCUCGUCACCCACACAUUACCAUCAUUAUAACAAUAAUAACACUAAGAAUGGUAAUGCUAACAGCACCAUCUAUAAACAGUAGCAGCUGCGGCCUGACCAAGCGAUGAACCUGUUCCUAACCUAAAGACGAAACGAGAGGUGAAUGAGGAUAAAAGCUUAUUGUAUUGUGUCAGUGUUGUGGUGGUGGUGGUGGUAGUGGUGGUGACUGUAUGCAUAAUACUCCGUUGACUGUUGCUUCGUGGGUGUUCAAAGCACGCACACGCGCGCGCGCACCCCCCCUUCCCCCCGCACACACAUACACACACACACACACACACACACACACACACACACACACACAUUUUUUUUUUUUUUGCCAUAUUAUUGCUUUCACUUAGAGUAACUGCAAACCUAGAAACGGAAGGGAAACACACACACACACACACACACACACACACACACACACACACACACACACACACACACACACACACACACACACACACACACGCUUUGGAGGCAGAAUACAACAUCCGUACGUACAUCACCGGUCCUGUUCAUAGAAUAAGGAAGAAAGAAAGGGGAGAAGAAGAAGAAGAAAAGAAGAAGAAGAAGAGGAGAGAAGAGGCUUGCAAUAUAGAUAACCGUGAGAUAAGAAGAAGAGAAGGAAGAAGAAAGAGACAAACUUUGCUCGCUUUGUGACGUGCGAGGUCAGGUCACCAAUCAAACCGUCACAAGGACAUCGCGAAAGGUCACCGCGAGAGCUGUUGUGACCCUGAUCAGUAGUGCAUCAGUUGGAGGUCACCAUCUUCACCAGAUCACGGCACCAAGAUGGGACUGGUGACCACCCCCUCCCUGCUGACCAACCUGAUCCCCACUGACCUGUAUGACCUCCACGAAGGCUCAGACAACACCAGUGACCUCCUGGACUGCGACCGCUACCCCGCUACCCCCACCCCCCGCGACGUGUACCAGGUGAAGUUCGUGGCGUACGGCGUGGUGAUGCCCGUGCUCGUGUGCGUGGGCGUGCUUGGUGAUCUGCUCAACCUGGUGGUGCUGACUCGACCCAAUAUGACCGGGGUGGCGUACGUCUACAUGCGGGGCUAUGCAGCAGCCUCCCUGUUUGCUCUGUUGUGUGCCAUCCCCUUCACUCACCGAGUACUGGCCCAUGAGCAGGGGCGGUGGGCUUCCUACCUAGUGGCUGCCUUCCAUGCCCACGUGGUGCUGUACUUUGGGAACUCCUGCAUUGGCAUUGGGGUGGUGAUGCUACUGGCCCUCACUGUGGAGCGAUUCAUCUCAGUGUGCUACCCAGCCCAGGCCAGAAAUCUGUGUGGUGGCCGCCGUGCUUAUGUCACAGUCUGUGUCAUCCCUGUAACCACCUUUGUCCUCAAUAGCCCCUACCUCUUCCUGGCUCAUGUGGUCACCUGCAGGUCAUCUGAGACAGGUGCCCUGCUCCACCUGAAGCAGCAAAACACAUGGCUGGUGGAGGCAUGGUGGUUCCAGGGCUACAAAUGGAUGCUGGAGGUGGUGUUCAAGCUCCUCCCCGCCCUGGUGCUGGUCUUCCUCAACAUUCGCAUUAUUCGCACCUACAAAGCUGUGUGUGAGAAACGGCGCAAGAUGACCAACAAGGUGAGUGGUGAGCAGCGGAGGCAGUAUGCUGAGGAGAGUCGCCUGAUGUUCUUGCUUGGGGGAACCUCAACACUGUUCUUUGUGUGCAUGACACCAAUGAUCCUUCUGUCUGUCACCAUACACCACGCCUGGGCCACCUCCCUGGCCUUUGAGGUGUUCCGAGCCACUGCCAACGUUCUUGAGGUGACAAACUUUGCCGUCACCUUCUACAUCUACUGUGUGUUCUCAAAAGACUUCAGAGAGACUUUCCUUCGUACUCUGCGCUCAGCCAAGGAAAACUCCGUUGGUGCCUCCUUCCUAGGCUCUGUGUCAGGCCUGAAGGAGGCAAUCCGGCCCCCCUAGGGACACGCCCCUCACACCCCACUGCAGCACCAUGCCACUACCACCGUCACCAGUGUUACACCAGCUCCUGUGGCUGUAUGACUGACUGUGUGUGUGUGUGUGUGUGUGUGUGUGUGUGUUAAAUUUUAAGUAAUAAUGGCAGAGUACCAGUGUUUAUUUUGUUUUCAUUGUUGGUGUUGCUGCUGCUGUUGUUGUUGAUGUAUAUAAGUUGUAGUCUGAGAUCAUGGAAAAAUUGUGUGCAGUCUGCACCAUAAACUAAAAAGAUAAUGUUUAAGCAUUCAUACAGUAAGACUGGAUUCCCUGUCCUCUAUAUUCCCCUCAUGGUAAGAUAAGGGGAUGGGGAAGUUCACAUCUCAAACCCUAAUGGUUGGGCUAAUGAGUGUGUGUGCAUGUACAUGUGGCAUGAGUGAUGCUAAAUGGAGACUGGAAGGCUAUUGUGAGAUGAGUUGGAUGUUGUAUGUGCAUGUGGCAUGAGUGAUGCUAAAUGGAGACUAAGGUUAUUGUGAGACAAGUUGGAUGUAUUAGCUUUAUGCAAAAUUAAAGAAAGAGUGAAGAGGAAGAAUCCAGGAAGUGAGAUAAGGGAGUGAGAUAAGGAUGGCCGUAUUUGGUAGGUAGUCACAGAAGUGCAGUGCAGUGGGGUGUGUUAAGAGUGUUAGGUGGUUUUAUCAAGACUGUUCUAGGUGAAAAUCAGUUUUGGUCAAGAAAUGAGUGUACAUGGGCCUGGUAGUGAGAGGGAUGGAGGAGAGAGAAGCCUCAUCUUUGUGAGUAUUUGCAGUUUUAGGGCAAAGGUUUCAUGUAGCAUUAAAGAGCUUCAUACUGCAGUUGGCUCUCGUACAUUAUGGCCAAUGAGGAUAAUAUUCUUUUUGCCCUAGCAACAUGGAGGCAAAGAUGUUGAGGGAAUGCUUGUGAUUGUGGGUGCCUGGUCUUGGCUAGCCCCCUUUCAUGGGAGAUGUCAGCAUGGUUUAAAGUUGAAUCAAUUUUCAUCAUUGUGACAAAAGAUUAGAUUAUGGAGCAAAAUCUGAUAUUUAUAUAUAUAAAUUUGUAAAUUAUUCUGAUAUAAAUAUGUAAAUUAUUUUAAGAUUAUGAAAGUCUGAGAUUAUAUAUAUAUAUAUAUAUAUAUAUAUAUAUAUAUAUAUAUAUAUAUAUAUAUAUAUAUAUAUAUAUAUAUAUAUAUAUAUGUCCGUAAAAUGGUAGGAGUAGGAAAAUUACAUUGCAAUAUGCCUGUAAAAUGGUAGGAGUAGGAAUAUUACAUUGCAGACAUUACUACAGUAAAAUCCCUCUUAUUCGGCAUCAACGGGACCGCCGACAUGCCGGAUACUUGAAUAGAAGUGAAAUUAUGUCCACAAUCACCACCCUCCACUCACGCAUCUUACCAUAACAAAGAUCAGCUGAUCUUAAUCAGCUCCAUAAGUGUAAGCACAACACGCUUCCUCUUUUCUACAACUUUAGGCAUGAUGAAGGCGUCAGGCGAUAAACAGUGCACACGCGGAACUGGGUCACUGAGUAAACACAGUGCAGUGGGCCGCAGGUGGCGCGAAGCAGUGCGUUCUGGUGGCGAGGGAACAAAGUAUGCCUCGCGCGGGAAUUUUAAUUGAUUUUAUGAGUACACAUUGAUUUUUUAUUGAUUUUAAGGCUGGGGGAAAAAUGUGCCGGAUACUCAAAUGCCGUACGAGAGGGAUUUUACUGUAGUUUAGUUAUGUAAUGUGAUGCACGAGAUAAGUUAUAAAUUAUAUGAUUAAAAUUAAUAACUUAAGUUAUAAAUUAAUGAUUAAAAUUAAUAACUUAGGAUUAAAAUUGACCCUCUGGAUGCUUCCGAAAAGAUUGUAGGAUUAAAAUUGAUCAUCCUCAGGAUAGUUACAAAAAUUGUAGGAUAAAAGUUGAUCUUAAACUAAUCUGGAUAAGUAGUAGCAGCAGUGUUAAUGAAUAUAGUAAGGAGAUAGUAGUAGUUCUGAUGUUCCUGUAUCAAUUGCAGUUAAAUACAAGAUGUGAUAAGAAACCAAAGAGUGAAAGCAUGCAAGUUUGAUGCAAUCAUUCCACAUUCCUUUCUAGAAUUCAAAAUCUGAAGAGGAAUGUGUGAAGUACUUGAGGAGAGGGUUUGAGAGAAGCUAGCUUGUGAAUGACUAAAUCUUGAAAGGUAUGUGUGGGGAAAAAUGUAUGUGUGGAAACUUAGUGGGGUGGCAAAGGGGAAAACUAGAUUAAAUAAAAUCUUUGUGAUGCUUGUAAUAAUGCUUGUAGUGAGUGAUUCACCUCAUGGUCAUUACAUCAUUUCAGAUUACAUGAGAUGAGCUUUGUGCAUGUUUGUGUUUGCACUGAUUGUACAUCUCACAAUGAUGAUUGUUUCAUACAUCCACCAGUCUACACCAGAUGAGCAUAGCAUGUGUACCUGGAAGAGCUAUAAAAUUUUCUUUAAUCUACUAUUUAUUCUUCCGGAUUCCUAAUCAGCAUGUGUAGUAACACUUGGUUCCAUGAGGAUGAGGGAAGUUUCAGCUGAAAACAUUUUUCUUGAUUUCAAUCCGGUUUUGUAUUUUAAUAUGCAGUUUUCAUAUGGAAUUUAUGCACAUCUAUUUUAUUUGCCAGUGGCAAACAAAUUACACAUGACAGUAAAUU